UGCACACACGUUGUGUUCGUGUAAAAGUGCACAGCAGUUGAUACAGUUUUUGUAUCCGAAUUUCAUCAAAUCACCUCAUGUGACUCUACAAGAAUCCAUAAGUGAAAAUUGUGUAUUAUUCUCAACACACGAAUGCAACAGUUUGAAGCAUUUAUUCAGCCUAAAAGGGAACAAACUUCACCCCCACGAGUGGCACUGUGUGCGAUGGAAUUCAAGGUUGCGACCGAAGUUGAGCCCGGAGGUUGUGGCGGGGCUGACGGCGCUUUGAACGGGGCAUUGGCAGCGGACAUGACACGGUCAACAAAAGGGUGUGCCGAGGACGAUUUGUUAGAUCAAGAGUGUCAGAGUUUGACAUCGGAUAUCAGUGGUGCUGGAGGUGACAAUGUAGGAGUAGAUCGUUCCAAUGGAGUUGUUGUGACGCCACCUCUACCCAAAGGAUGUCAGCCACUCAGUCAUCAAGUUGCGGGUCACAUGUACGGUGUUGGAACUUCAAAAGCAGGUCUUCUUCAAGAUGGUACAGGAGCCGUCUUAAAACCAGCGCAGAAUGCCUCCCGAGGGAAGAGGGAACGAAUGUUUUAUCACAACGUGAGCAGACCGGACCAGCCCAGUCAGAUCUACUCCAGUCUCAGACCGUUUGUACCGAGAUUCUACGGUACUUUCAUGUCGCCAGAAGACACCUCAUUGGUAUACUUGAAGAUAAAUGAUGUCACCACAAGGUUCCGCAAGCCAUGCAUAAUGGACGUCAAGAUCGGCUCCAAGAGCUACGAAGACGGAGUAUCGCUACGAAAAGUGGAACUUGCCAAGCAGAAAUACCCAAACUUGGAAAAGAUCGGCUUCCAAAUCCUUGGAAUGAGGGUGUACCAUCCAGCGACUGAUGAAUUUGAGUGCCAGGACAAGUUUUACGGACGGAGUCUACAUGUGGAUAAUGCCAUUGAAGGUUUUGCAAGAUAUCUAAAUGUUGUUGACGGCAUCAGGAUCGACGUUAUACCAGAGUUCCUCAAACAGUUAAAACAAAUUCAGCGAUGGUUCAUGAACCAAAAGCAGCUUCAUUUCUUCUCAAGUUCCCUUCUCUUUGUCUACGAGGGCGCUACUCCCGCGAACUCCAUGAUGGUGACGUCCCCGACGCCAGCGGCGCAAGAGAUCGAGAACCUCAGCACCAACCAACCAAAUUUUGUGAGUUACUCGCAUCUCAAGCGAGCGGGUCCAAAAGUCAAACCCUCUGCCCCCGAAUCAGAAAGUCUUCCCAUGAAUUCGAAAGAAGUUUCAGACGACGUAUUCCCGGUUGAUGAGAAUGGAUUUGUGAAUCGGCUGCCGACGUACCAAGAGUCCAUAGCAGCCAAGAUGGUUCACAACGGCCGACCGGUGGACGGCGGGGUUAACAACAACAGCGCAGACCCGGCUUUAUCCACUAUUAACGGAGGCGAGACUCAACCGCGACUUCUGGACAUUAAUGGACGAUUGACCGUCUCGCAGAUGAGGGAACGACAACGGAGUCUCAGCCAAUCAAACGGUCAAGCUGGUAACCCGCCCCCACAGCCUGUCCAAUCAGAGAGCCCUUCAGAGCCAGCAUUGGUUGAUGAGCGUAAAUCUGAAAAUGUCAACCACUCUGAUGCUCCGCCUGUACCGGUAGAAGCCGAAGUGAUUUCCAUAGACCCAGAGAAAGAAUCGGAUAGUAGACUAGCAAUCAUUAAGAUGAUCGACUUCACUCACGUAGUGGAGGCCGACACAAGAGACGAAUCUUACCUCUUCGGUCUAAGGAAUGUCAUCCACUUUUUUGAAUCCUUACACAAUUUCUACGGUAAAGAGUAGACUAAAAUUACCAAUCACAAGAAACUUAUUUCAUCCUAACAAAAAUGAAAAAAAUAGUUUAUGACGUUUUCGACCCUAGCAGUGUCUUUCUCAGAGGUUUCUCAAUGAAUUAGCCUUCGAGAAAGACACUGCAAGCAUCAAAGCGUCAAACUAUUGUUUGCAUUUAUAAGAUAGGUCCUUAAGGUUGGUAAGCAGUUUGCAACAGCUCAUUUUUUUCCUUCUUCCUUACAAAGAAAGAAAUGUUAACAAGUUUUUAAUUUAUGAAUGCUAACUCAUUAUAGACUACACAAAAUUAAUACAAAGUCAUACAUUUUACUGAUGAAAUAACUUAUCAUUCAAUCUUUGCAUGAAUUACUUAAAAAGCAAUAUGCAGAGAUUUUCGUGUCAAAAAUAAUCAGAAUUUAGAAAACAAAAACGAAGAUGGUACAAAUUUCACCCAAGAAUUAAUUCAAUGAGAUUCUUCUGCAAGCAGACAAUGGUCCCACUAUUGACUAGAUGGUGUAUUUUUUUAAGCACACACUGCAAUGUUCUAAUGGUACAUGUUUGUAAAUAUUUUUUCUUAUCCCCGAAAGUACUUGGAAACUAAAUCACCUUGGAAUUUUGAGAACUCUUAAGUUAUUUUUUGAGACUUAAAGGAUGCUUAUUAUUAUAACGAGAUUUAUUUUAAGUCUCAUAUUUCCAGUAUUUUUUCAACAUUAGAAGUGCCUGGUUUCUUUUGUAAAAUUUUUGACUUUAUUUAUUUAUGUUAUUUUUCAGACACUGUCUCAUACCACUGUAGCAACUUGUUGGUUUUUGGUGUUUAGUUAUAGCAUAGAGAAAACCAUGUACAUGUAUAUUGCAAUAGAGUGUAAUAUUUGAGCUCUGGCCAACCUAUUCGCCCAUUUUGUGGCGUGUGAUUGCCUAGCGGUUAAGAGCACCAGAUUCAAGCUCUGGUGUUUGAUCAGCAGAGCUUGGGUUUGAGUCCCGGGCCCA